AUGGAAAUGGAACCCCUCAACACCCUCUUUAAGCGGGAGGCAGAUGCCUGUGAUACCGGGAACGAAUUCGAUGGCCGCAUGGGGCUACGGAUCUCAUCCAUCUUCGUCAUCCUCAUAGGGUCAUCAUUCGGUGCUCUCUUCCCCGUCUUUGCUCGUCGCUGGAGCAAAAAGAGUGGAUUCCCUAACUGGAUCUUUUUCGUCGCCAAAUUCUUCGGAUCUGGCGUUAUCAUUGCUACUGCAUUUAUCCAUCUUCUGGCUCCAGCCGAAGAAUCAUUAAAGAACCCUUGCUUAACCGGCCCAAUUACCGAAUACAGUUGGGUCGAGGGUAUAAUUCUUAUGACUAUCAUUGUCCUGUUCUUCGUUGAACUUAUGGUCAUGCGAUUCUCCCGCUUUGGUGCGGGCCAUGUCCAUGAUGAGGAAGGUCACACUCACACCCACAUUGACUCACCUCCCCUGGUGGAAGAAGUCAGCGAGAACAAGGGCCAUCAUCACCACAAUCAUAUUAUGCCCGGGGAGGAUCACCUUGGUCACUCCCGGGAACACCAUGACGCCGACGACUCGGAGAAAGACGUUUCUGCAAUUGAAGAUUAUGCCGCCCAGCUGACAUCUAUCUUCAUCCUGGAAUUCGGUAUUAUCUUCCACUCAGUCUUUAUCGGUCUCACCCUUGCGGUCUCUGGUGCCGAGUUCACCACUUUGUAUAUCGUUCUGGUUUUCCACCAGACCUUUGAAGGUCUCGGACUGGGGUCCCGGCUCGCUAUGCUUCCAUGGCCGCGAUCCAAGCGCCACACACCGUACUUCCUGGGGCUGGCCUUUGGGUUGUCGACUCCGAUUGCAAUUGCCAUCGGCCUAGGUGUUCGCAACAGUUACCCGCCCGAAGGCCGGACAACGUUGAUCGUCAACGGCGUGUUUGACUCUAUAUCUGCCGGUAUUUUGAUUUACACUGCCUUGGUGGAAUUGAUGGCUCACGAGUUCAUGUUCAGCCACUCGAUGCGCCAGGCUCCAAUCCGCGACGUGCUGGCAGCCUUCACCCUGCUGUGCAUGGGUGCUGCGCUCAUGGCUGUUCUAGGUAAAUGGGCAUGA